UCUUCCCAGUUCUGGCACCGCAAACAACCUCUCGUCUCCAAGGAGCCUGACAGAUACUAUCGAAAGCCCUCUUCUUGGCAGCAUACGAUGUGGACUGUAGUAGCCAAGAACAGGCUCCUCUCCGAUGCGGCCGGCCAAUCGACAGACGGGAAGAGUUCGAGAACCGUGAUGGCACGCCAAGUUUGGCGUUGUUGGUGCUGUCGACAAGCUCAAGAACUCACGCUCACUGGGGGGAGCAAAAGCAUAAAGUUGGAUUCCUGCCUCGGUGACCACGGUCAGGCGAAUUCUUAUAAGACGGGCAUCUCGAGGGCACCACGGCACAACGGAACAGACGACUUGAGCCUCCGGUUUCCUUCUUCACCUUCGCCGGCAUCUUGAGCGUUGGAAUCCGUCAAGCUGCAAGGCCAAUCUCUUUUUGCAUCGCCGAGUUCCAACAUGUCCAAUCUCGGGCACCUGCUGCUCCUCGCAGCAACAUUGGGCCGUGUCAGACCCGCCAUCGCUCUGCCGCAGGGGUUACCGCCGUCGCCCACUGGGCUUGACUGCACUCUCCAUGGAAACCACUGGGACUGCGUUGCCCCUUGCGCCACCCACACUUCCACGCGCUAUGGCAUCGCCACCUCCGUUACCGACUAUCAGUCCUGGCGCAGCUCCAUGAACAGUGUCUAUUCAACGUCGGGUGUGCGCUUCUCGGGCCCCAGUAUUCCGGUCUACACCACAACCGCUACAUUCGGCAAUGGCGACAAGGUGACGGCUACUGUCUAUUACAACUCUGCCGCUUUGUCUAGCGCUGGGUAUUCUUUCACCACCUCUGUGACCACCAUCACCUCUUGCCCGCCGACGACUACGCCGACGCUGCCGCCCUCUCCAUCAGCAUCACUGUGCUCACCGCAUGGCGACCAUUGGCACUGCGAACCACUUCCGUUGACCACUCCUCCUGGUUCGUCGGCUUUUCCUAGUUCGUCGGCAACCGGCACUUGCGAGCCCCAUGGUGACCAUUGGCAUUGCCCACCGGGCGUCCCAUACCCAACAAUGCCCCCGCCUGGCACCACCACGGCGCCGGCCCCAUCAACAUCAACCUCGCCCGGGGCAUGCGAGCCGCACGGGGACCAUUGGCACUGCCCUCCUGGAGUGUCUGAGCCCUCGACCCCGCCGCCUGGUGCUACUACGGCGCCUCCCGCAUCGACCUCCUCGUCGGGGGAAUGUGAACCCCAUGGCAACCACUGGCACUGCCCGCCAGGCGUCUCAGAGCCCUCCGCGCCACCCCCUGCUGUCACACAGACUUCCAAGCCUGGAUCGGGCUCCGGUCAAUGUGAGCCCCAUGGCGACCAUUGGCACUGCCCACCCGGUGUUCCUGAGCCCUCAACUCCGCCGGCCGGUGCUACCAAGACUGGGUCUGGAUCCGCCCCUGGCAAAUGCGAGCCGCAUGGCGAUCAUUGGCACUGUCCCGAUGGUGUCAUGGCGUUCUGGAGCCCACGACUCCACCGGCCGGUGCUACCAAGACCGGGUCCGGAGCCGGGUCUGGCGAGUGCGAGCCACACGGUGACCACUGGCACUGCCCGCCUGGUGUCCCGGAGCCGACCACGAAGCCGGGCGUCGGCAAGUCCACCUUCACGACCGCUGUCGGACCCACCGGCACCUCCCGCCAAACCGCCGUUGUCACGGCGGGGGCAGGCACCGUUGCCGUGUCCCAGGUGCCUGUUGUUGUCGGGUUUGUGGCCGCCAUUUUCUUCGCUGGCGCUCUUACUGCCUAGGUUGGGGAAAUUUCAAUGCCUUUUGGUCCUUUGUGACGCAUCGAGAAUAACUAGCUGGUUGUGGCUAUCUGUACUGCGUAGUGACCAAUCUAAUUUUGAUGCGCCUGGCGAAAUCAAUCCCCGCCCGAACUUGCAAUCCUCUGAUCUGUGUCUCACCGACCUUACCUGCUGAUGUGUGGUCGCAGUGCUUUAAAACCAAGUCCCUACAUAAUGCCUCGGGCACUUCCCUUGCUCGGUUGUCGAGACACCCGGAGUGGAGAUGUAAUUGAAGUUGUUCGUUUCCAGUCUCUGGUGCGAUGUAAGUUUCCCGGGAAAUGUAUAAGCCGCGCACAGCGCCUCGAGAACCAUCAAGAUCCUCAACGUUUCCGGCUUUCGGGAGGUGAUGAAGGAGAUGGUGGCUGAGGUUGUGGAGGAGUAUGAGAUGCCCGGGGGUGGAAGUGGGGUUGGGGAUUCCGAUGAUGAUGGCGGCGGUGGCUAUUUGUAGGAAGGGCACUAGCUAGGCUCUCGAUAGCUGAGACUGGCGCCACAUGUGAAUAUUC